CUGGCCCGUGCGCGUCCGCCUGCUGAACCUGGGCACCGCCGGCCGGGGCACGGGACUGGGCGGGAUCGCUGACCUCGGCCUUGGAGGCCUGGGAUCCCCGAGCCGCCCGAGCCGCCCGCGCCCGCGGGGGCCUCGGAGUCGCACGCCCUCCCCGAACCUGCGCUGCUCGAGGAUCCCCGGGGGGGCGAAGCCAGGUGCCCCCUUCUCCUCCUUUCUCUCCCUCCCCCACUCCGGUGCCCGCGAGAGGUCCCGCCCGCUCACCCCCUCCCCAAGGGGUGUAGCCGGCUGCGGAGCGGACAGCGGCUCCGCGGCCACCUUGUCCAAACUCUCCGGAAGCGGCUCGAGCUGACAGGGCACUCAGGCCGUCGCAGCUCCAGCGGACCCACAGUUGGGCCGGAGACGCCGGCCUUCCUCCCGCUCCCAAACUUGGAGCACUUGACCUUUGGCUGUCGGAGGAGGCAGACUCGCGGGUGGCUGGACAGCUGCGGCACCUCGAGGGCAUCUUGCCUGGGGUUCCAAGACCGUGCUCCCAACUUUGCCUCUGAGACCCUGAGGUGUCUCCAUCAGGCGCAUGUUGACUGAGACCUGGAGUCAUGGAUGUGUGCGCUCGUCUUGCCCUGUGGCUCGUUUGGGGGCUCCUCCUGCAUCACGGCCAGAGCCUCAGCCAAAGCCACAGCGAGAAGGCGACCGGCUCGGGGGCCAAUUCUGAGGAGUCCACUGCAGCAGAGUUUUGCCGGAUCGACAAGCCCCUGUGCCACAGUGAGGAUGAGAAGCUCAGCUUUGAUGCAGUCCGCAGCAUCCACAAGCUGAUGGAUGAUGAUGCCAAUGGUGAUGUGGAUGUGGAAGAAAGUGAUGAGUUCCUGAGGGAAGACCUCAAUUACCAUGACCCAACAGUGAAACACAGCACCUUCCAUGGUGAGGAUAAGCUCAUCAGCGUGGAGGACCUGUGGAAGGCAUGGAAGUCUUCAGAAGUAUACAACUGGACCGUGGAUGAGGUGGUGCAGUGGCUGAUCACGUAUGUGGAGCUGCCUCAGUAUGAGGAGACCUUCCGGAAGCUGCAGCUCAGUGGCCAUGCCAUGCCAAGGCUUGCUGUAACCAAUACCACCAUGACAGGGACUGUGUUGAAGAUGACAGACCGGAGCCAUCGGCAGAAGCUGCAGCUGAAGGCCCUGGACACGGUGCUCUUUGGGCCUCCUCUCUUGACCCGCCAUAACCACCUCAAGGACUUCAUGCUGGUGGUGUCUAUUGUUAUUGGUGUGGGUGGCUGCUGGUUUGCCUAUAUCCAGAACCGUUACUCCAAGGAGCACAUGAAGAAGAUGAUGAAGGACCUGGAGGGCUUACACCGAGCUGAGCAGAGUCUGCAUGACCUUCAGGAAAGGCUGCACAAAGCCCAGGAGGAGCACCGCACAGUGGAGGUGGAAAAGGUGCACCUGGAGAAGAAGCUGCGCGACGAGAUCAACCUUGCCAAGCAGGAAGCCCAGAGGCUGAAGGAGCUGCGGGAGGGCACGGAGAAUGAGCGGAGCCGCCAGAAAUAUGCCGAGGAGGAGCUGGAGCAGGUACGGGAGGCCUUGAGGAAAGCAGAGAAGGAGCUGGAAUCGCAUAGCUCAUGGUAUGCUCCAGAGGCCCUUCAGAAGUGGCUGCAGCUGACCCAUGAGGUGGAGGUGCAGUACUACAACAUCAAGAAGCAAAAUGCCGAGAAGCAGCUGCUGGUGGCCAAGGAGGGGGCUGAGAAGAUAAAAAAGAAGAGAAACACUCUCUUUGGCACCUUCCACGUGGCCCACAGCUCUUCCCUGGAUGAUGUGGAUCACAAAAUCUUAACAGCUAAGCAAGCUCUGAGCGAGGUGACAGCAGCACUGAGGGAGCGCCUGCACCGCUGGCAGCAGAUUGAGAUCCUCUGUGGCUUCCAGAUUGUCAAUAACCCUGGCAUCCAUUCCCUGGUGGCUGCCCUCAACAUAGACCCCAGCUGGAUGGGUAGCACGCGCCCCAACCCCGCCCACUUCAUCAUGACUGACGAUGUGGAUGACAUGGAUGAGGAGAUUGUGUCACCCUUGUCCAUGCAGUAUGCUGCCUGGCUGAUGGGGCGUAGGUUCAGUGACCGCUCUCUCUGCUCAGCAUCCGCCGGCUCAGACGAUCAGUCCCUCUGGAAAUACCCGGCUCCCAGCCUGCAGAGCAGCGUCCGGCAGCGCCUGACGGAGCCGCAGCAUGGCCUGGGGUCUCAGAGGUUGGUAGAGGGCGAGGCUGGCCACUUCUUGACAAGCCGGGUCUCUCUGCGGCGAAUGCGCAGCCUUUCAUCUGGACAGUCUUUCAGUUCUGAAGGCCUCGGGACCAGCGCUCCACCUGCCUCUGCUUCUUCUUCCUGCUCCUCUGCCGCCACCACCACCACCACCACCACCUCCAUCACCACCGUCCAUGUCCACCCUGUCUAUUACCACCACAGCACUUCCUAUUUCCUCCAGAUGGAGCCCUACCCUGACCCACCCCUUUCUGACAGCACCACUGUGAUGCCUUGGCACUCAGAGAGCUUGGGGGAUUUGACCCAUUCCGAUUCGGAGUCCUCCCUCCACAUGAGUGACCGCCAGCGUCUGGCCCCCAAGCCUCCUCAGAUGAUCCGUGCUGCAGAUGAGGCUCUCAGCGCCAUGACCUCCAACGGCAGCCACCGGCUGAUUGAGGGGGCCCACCCCGGCUCUCUGGUGGAGAAACUGCCUGACAGCCCUGCCCUGGCCAAGAAAGCACUGCUGGCACUGAACCAUGGGCUGGACAAGGCCCACAGCCUGAUGGAGUUGAGUUCCCCGGCCCUACCUAGUGGCUCUCCACAUUUGGAUUCUUCCCGUUCUCACAGCCCAAGUCCCCCAGACCCAGACACGCCAUCUCCAGCUGGGGACAGCCGAGCCCUCCAGGCUAGCCGAAAUACACGUAUCCCCCACCUGGCUGGCAAGAAGGCCGCGGCUGAGGAGGAUAAUGGCUCCAUUGGCGAGGAGACAGACUCCAGCCCAGGCCGGAAGAAGUUUCCCCUCAAAAUCUUUAAGAAGCCUCUUAAGAAGUAGGCAGGAUGGGGGUGGCAGUGGUGGGACAACUUGUCCUUCCCUGGUCUUCUGCCUCCCCUCCCCUCCCUUCCAAGAUACCUGGCCCCCAGCACAGGGCCUGGGAGGGGCUGGCUCCGGGGCCUGGGCACUGUACAUACCUGCCUCCCACAUCAUCCUUGGGUCCUUCAACAUUAUUUAUUAACUGACCACCAUGGCCUGCCUCCCUCCCAAACAUGGGCUGCCGCUGUCACUCCCUCUCCUCUUCAGUGCAUGUCUUGGUUGCUGUCCCCUCAGCUCCCAGCACCACCUCUGGGGUCCAGCUUCCAUGUCUCUGCUGUCCCAGUUUUGAGGUUUGGUUUCUUGUUACUCUCUGUUCCUGCUUUCAGGCUUCUCUCUCCUACCACUCCCCAACUUCCCCUAGCAGCUAGCAGGGGAGGAAGGGGGAGUAACUUCUGACACCUGUGCCUCAGAUCUCUACCCCCUGCACCCCCCCACCCCCACCCUGCCACUGACGAUGGUUCUCUUUGCCCCAGACUGGGGCCUAGGACCUAAUGUUUGAGGUUUGUUCUCUGGAAGUGUGGUGGGCCAGAGGUAACCUCAGCUUGGAGCUUACUAGGACUCCAGGGGUCCAUGGGGGAGUAAAACCAAUUCCCAGAGAACAGCUCACUAGAGUUUUGAAGAGAGGCUAGGCUCAGGGAUAGAUAGGAAGCAACUUCUAGUCUGAGGAUGAGUAGGAGCCAGAGAUGUGGGCUACAAGGCAGUCACCUUUUCUCUCUUGUCUCACCCACACCUGCUUCUCUCUUAUCCCCACUGCCCCAUACUGCAGGAGGGUUUGUCUGUAAGAGAUGCUCCCCAAAUGCUCCCCAAGCAUCAUUACUCCUAAGGCUCAGGACAGUCGGCUCCCCAACCAUAGGAGCCUCAGCUAUGAUAGAGGGUCUAAUGGGGCCCCGAAGCUGUUGGGCUGAGUGUUGUCACAUUUGAACCAAAAGACAUUUUAAAAUUGAAAUCUCCUGAACUUCCCAAGUGCCUGCACCACAUACUCCCCCUGUCAGACCCGUGUUCAUGUUACUGCAUAGCCUGGGCUAGAGGCUCAAGGACACAGCCGGUUUAGGGAUGGGGGUGGCUGAGGAAGCUGGUGUAGGUCAAGGUGGCUAUGUGACCGCUUCCCCCUCACCCUUCCCACCCUCUAGACAACUCUCCCUUACCUGUUUUUGCUAUGGCUGUAAAGGUAUUUUCCCUCUGCCCCACUCCCUGCCAUCUGUACUCUGGGAUCCUAUUUUGGGCCUGGGGUGGGGGCACCUGGGGCUGGUCUUAGGCAGUUCUAGGCUGCAGACUGCCUUGUACCCCCUAGACAACCUCACAUGGGUUUUUCUGUGUUAUUUCAUAAGACUCUUUGAAGUCCAAUAAAGCAUGUAGGAGAUUUUAACCUC